UUGGAUAUUGAAGUUCGCGUGUAGGAGCGCCAAGUUUGUUAGUGGUGUUACGCUUAACUCAGCAUUAACCAGGCAUUAAUCAACAACAUAUACUGGUACCUGUCCAAAGAAUAUGGAGAAUGAUGAUGUUGUCUUGACGGACAGUUCGAAGAAGAUUAAGGCUAUUAUUUUGAUUGGUGGUCCAUGCAAAGGCACUCGAUUUAGACCAUUAUCUUUGGAGUUACCAAAACCACUUUUCCCUAUAGCGGGAUUUCCUGUUGUAUAUCACCACAUUGAAGCUUUUUCCAAAUUACCAGGAUUAAGAGAAAUUAUCCUCUUGGGGUUUUAUCAGCCUAACGAAGCUCUCAAUCAGCUAAUUUCAAAUGCACAACAUGAAUUUAAAGUUUCUGUUAGAUACUUACAAGAAUUUACAUCACUUGGGACUGCUGGUGGUAUAUAUCAGUUUCGCGACCAGUUGUUAUCCGGAUCUCCAGACUUGUUAUUUGUUAUGAACGGUGAUGUUUGCUGUGACUUACCUCUAGAAGAAAUGCUUGAAUUUCACAAAUGCCUAGGCACUGGAGAUCGGUUCGUAAUUAUGGCGACUGACGCAACGCGUCAACAGUCAAUGAAAUUUGGUUGCAUUGUUGAAGAUCCCAUUACUCAUGAAGUCAUGCAUUAUGUUGAAAAACCAGCCACCUUUGUCAGUACAACUAUAAAUUGUGGGAUUUAUCUAUUUACUCCGGGAAUAUUUAAAUUUAUCCGUAUAGCUUUUCUUGAACAUCAGAAUCAACUGAACUAUGAUUUAAGACCUUCGUGCAAAGAAAGUAUUCACUUAGAACGAGAAAUAUGCCAACCAUUAGCUGGAAGUGGUACCUUAUUUGUUUAUCAUACCAAUCGAUUUUGGAGUCAAAUUAAAUUUGCUGGUGCUGUUAUCUAUGCGAAUCGUCAUAUAUUAUCACUUUAUGAAAGAACACAUCCACAUAGACUUGCAAAAAUGACGCUAUCAAGUUCAGCUGAUCUACAAAUAUUGGAUAAUAAUCCGGAUAGCUCAUCUUUAAUUGUUAUGAAUGGUGGAGAUUGUCGACCGACAACAUGUGGACCAGUUAUAAUAGGUCAUGUAUUCAUACAUCCAACAGCUACAAUUGAUAGAACAGCUGUUAUAGGGCCUAAUGUCAGUAUAGGUGAACGAGCUGUUAUAAAAGCUGGUGUACGCUUAAGAGAAUGUAUUGUACUCAGGGAUGCAGAGAUUCGUGCUCACGCGUGUUGUUUAAAUGCAGUAAUUGGAUGGAAUACUGUAAUUGGUGAAUGGGCACGUGUUGAAGGUACACCGAAUGAUCCAAAUCCUAAUAAACAAUUUACUAAACUUGAUGUACUACCUGUUUUUAAUAGUAAAGGUCAAUUAAAUCCAUCCAUUACUGUUAUUGGCUCCAAUGUAGAAGUUCCACCUGAAGUAAUCGUUCUCAAUUGUAUUGUUCUUCCACACAAGGAAUUAUCACAUAGCGCUAGGAAUCAAAUUAUUUUGUAAUAAUAUACAUACACACUUACACAUAUAUGUAUACACUUAUGUACACAUUAUUUAAGUGAGUACUUAUAUGUACACACCUACACCCACGCGCGCAUGAUCAAUAGACAAAUUGACAGUGUGUUUUGUCUGUCUAUACACACACACACAUAUGUCUUGUGGAUAAGUUUGAAAUAUCCUCAAUUUUUCUUUUCUAUUAUUAUUAUUUAGUCUGUUUCUCUUUGUUUAGUUUAUUUAUUUCUUAAAAUAUGCCUUUAUAUACAUACGUACAUAUUUUAUAGUUUAUUGUUUAGAUGAAAUGCCUUCAUUUUUAGUAAUAUACGUAUUGAGGAAGACUGUACAUUUCUGUCCUAAUUUUUUUUGCUGUUGUGUUUUUCUAAUUUCUCUGUUCUCGUUUUCUUAAUUUUCUUUAAUUUAACGCCACAGUAAUGUUACUGAGUACGUUAGAAGUGAUAAUAAUGAAUACUACUAUUGGUGAUAGUAAUAAUAAGUAUUUUCUUUCGUGAUUGUUUCACCACAUAAAUGUGUGUGUGUGUGUGAAGUAAUUUUGAGUAGUCCCCCACUUUAAGGAUGAUAUUUUCUUCCUUAUUCAUCUGCGCCGUGAUUUUGUUAUCAAAUAAAACUUCUCUGUCUGUAUCAUGUUCAGUAAUAAUAGUCGAACUGCCUGCCUACCUACUUCCCUAACUACCACACUUCCCUACCUACCUACCUAACUGGCCGCAUACUACAUUUUGUGUAUUUUAUUCCUUUUGUAAUAUUUUCCCAUACAAAAAAGAAAACACUACAACUUUGGUUCUUCCUAACUUUUUCUUAUUCUUUUUGAUAGUUUGAUUAUAUAUAUAUAUAUAUAUAUAUAUAUAUAUAUAUAUAUAUAUAUAUAUAUAUAUAUAUAUCAGUAUGGUUGUUUUUCCCCCAAUUCAUUGAACACUUCAGAGUUGAUUAGUUUACGUUCUUCCACUUUUGCCUCUUUUGUUCCUCUCUUGUAUUUUGUUUUGUUUUUUUGUUCUCCACAGGAUACAGUUAAAUAACAGCAAUACAGUUUAGGUGGACACCAAA